CUUGAGGACUCUCUUGUGCCCAUUUCUCGCUCUAAAUUGCCUACACAUCUCUACAGUCUUUUGUUAUUCUUUGUUGUUUUCAUCACCGUAUUCACUGCCUUCAUUAAUUACUUACUCCCUAGAAAUUUUCUUUUCUUAUCGAUUUCACAGAGUUGAUUUCUCAAAUGGGGUUUUGUCCUGUUACAGAGAUGAUUCCGAAGGUACUGAAAACGUUUUGUGCAAACCCGAAAACCAUGGUGAAAGGCGAGGUGAACGAGACCAAGAAGAAGAUCAGAGGGACAGUGGUGUUGAUGAAGAAGAAUGUUCUGGAUUUCAACGACGUUAAAGCCUCACUGUUUGAUCGCGUUCAUGAGUUGUUGGGUAAAGGCGUGUCUAUGCAGCUCAUCAGUGCAAACCAAGUUGACCCAGGGAAUCCUAUGCGAGGCAAACUAGGAAAAGUGGCAUACCUAGAGAAAUGGAUUACAACAAUUACUCCGUUAACAGCUGGAGAAACUGUCUUCUCUGUUACAUUUGAAUGGGAUGAGUCUAUUGGUGAACCUGGGGCUAUCAUUGUCAGAAAUAAUCACCACAGCCAGUUCUUCCUCAAGACUGUCACUUUAGAAGAUGUUCCGGGGCACGGUCGAAUACAUUUUGUUUGCAAUUCCUGGGUAUAUCCAAUGCAUCGCUACAAGUACAACCGCGUAUUCUUUUCAAACAAGACUUACCUUCCUUGCCAAACACCUGAGCCAUUGCGCAAAUAUAGAGAAGUGGAACUUGUUAAUCUCCAAGGAAGAGGGAAAGGCAAGCUCAAGGAGUGGGACAGAGUUUAUGACUAUGCUUAUUACAAUGAUCUGGGAAGUCCCGACAAAGGUGAAGAACAUGCACGCCCGGUUCUUGGCGGAACGCAGAAGUAUCCAUAUCCCCGAAGAGGAAGAACAGGACGAAAACCAACAAAGAAUGAUCCAAAUUCUGAGAGCAGAUUGCCCCUUCUGAGCCUAGACAUUUAUGUUCCUAGAGAUGAACGGUUUGGUCAUUUGAAGUUUUCAGAUUUUCUAGCCUAUGCUUUGAAAUCGCUGGUGCAGGUAUUGCUCCCAGAGAUCAGAUCUCUAUGCGACAAAACUAUUAAUGAAUUUGACUCCUUUGAAGAUGUCCUGAAUCUCUAUGAAGGGGGGAUUAAAUUACCUAAAGGAUCCACCUUGAGCAAAAUUAGAAAUCGUAUCCCAUUGGAGAUGCUCAAGGAACUUGUUCGUAAUGAUGGUGAGCGAUUCCUCAAGUUUCCAAUGCCUGAUGUGAUCAAAGCGGAUAAGACUGCUUGGAGGACAGAUGACGAAUUUGCAAGAGAAAUGAUUGCUGGAAUCAAUCCCGUUAUCAUCAGCCGCCUCGAAGAGUUUCCCCCGAUGAGCAACCUAGACCCAAAGAUCUAUGGGAAUCAAAACAGCUUCAUAACAGAAGAGCACAUAGAAAAGUACAUGAAUGGCCUCAGUGUGCAUGAGGCAAUCAAAGAAAACAAACUGUUUAUAUUAGACCAUCAUGAUGCACUGAUGCCAUACCUGAGGCGAAUAAACUCUACCAACACAAAGACUUAUGCCACGAGGACACUCCUGUUACUGCAAGAUGAUGGAACACUGAAGCCGUUGGCAAUUGAGUUAAGCUUACCACAUCCACAGGGGGACCAUCAUGGUGCUGUUAGUAAGGUUCUUACUCCAGCUGAAGAUGGGGUUGAGGGUUCAAUUUGGCAAUUGGGGAAAGCUUAUGCUGCUGUAAAUGAUUCUGGAUACCAUCAACUCAUUAGCCACUGGUUGAACACCCAUGCUGUGAUUGAACCAUUUGUAAUUGCAACAAACAGGCAGUUAAGCAUUCUUCAUCCGAUCUAUAAACUUUUGCAUCCUCAUUUCCGUGAUACAAUGAAUAUUAAUGCCUUGGCUCGCCAAAUCCUCAUCAACGCUGGCGGAGUACUUGAGCAUACCGUGUUCCCUGCCAAAUAUGCCAUGGAAAUGUCUUCUGCUAUUUACAAGAACUGGAUUUUCACUGAGCACGCUCUCCCGGCUGAUCUUCUCAAGAGGGGCAUGGCUGUCCCAGACUCAAGCUGCCCUCAUGGCCUCAGACUUCUGAUAGAGGAUUAUCCAUAUGCUGUUGAUGGCCUAGAAAUCUGGUCAGCAAUUGAAACUUGGGUUGAAGAAUAUUGUACAUUUUAUUACCCCACUGAUGACAUGGUUCGAAGUGAUGAUGAACUCCAGGCAUGGUGGACAGAACUCCGCUAUGCAGGCCAUGGCGAUAAGAAGGAUGAGCCAUGGUGGCCUGAGAUGCAAACACAAGCUGAGUUGGUACACACUUGCACCAUUAUCAUAUGGGUGGCUUCUGCUCUCCAUGCAGCUGUCAACUUUGGACAAUACUCUUAUGCUGGCUACCUCCCUAACCGCCCCACCGUUAGCAGGCGAUUCAUGCCUGAGCCAGGCACUCCUGAGUAUGCAGAGCUCGAGACGAAUCCUGAUUUGGCGUACCUGAAAACAAUAACAGCCCAGCUCCAGACCCUGAUUGGUGUAUCCUUGAUUGAGGUUUUGUCCCGGCAUUCGACUGAUGAAGUGUAUCUUGGGCAGAGAGAUACUCCUGAGUGGACUUGUGACAGUGAGCCAUUAGCAGCAUUUGAGAGAUUUGGAGAGAAGCUGAUAGAAAUUGAGAAGAAAAUUACAGAUAAGAACAAUGAAGAGAGAUGGAAGAACCGAGUUGGACCGGUGAAGUUGCCUUACACCUUGCUCUAUCCUAACACUUCAGAUUUCUCUGGAGAGGGUGGACUGACUGGCAAGGGGAUUCCUAAUAGUGUCUCGAUCUAAAAAUGUUUUAGAUCCUAGUAUUCCAGAGUUUUCUUUCUCCAUCUCUUAAAAUGUUGAGGCAAAUGCAGUGCAGAUUGUCAACUUUCUUCUAGUCUCUCUCUCUCUAUAUAUAUAUAUAUGUUAGUGUUUCUA